UACCGCUUUCAGUGUCGCACAGCAUCGCAAACGCGGAAAAGGCCGGAAAAAUAGCGGGCAGCAGCCCGCGCACAGGGAGAGCGAGCGCGAGAGUUUGUGGCAGUGGCUGUUGCGGUGAAGAAGCGUACGAAAAACCGUUGCGCGUUUGCACGUGGUUCGUGCGAGUCGUUGCAAUCAGUAGACUUGACGUCUCCAUCGCAGGCGAACGCGCCUUCGGUGCCGAGCCGUUGCGGAACAGUGUAAUAUUGUAAGGCACAGGGGCACAGAUGACAGCAUUAAGAGUGGUGAUCUACAAAUUUGGGUGUAAAGUGUGGCGCAAAAGCUUUUUCUAAAGUGUACAAACAGUGCUGUUUAUGCAGUUCGCCAGAAAAGGGAACAGAAUGAAACAAAUCCCUUUAGCGCCUCGCUGAGGUGUCUUCUGGUAGAGUGAUUGUGUCGCAAGUGAACCAAGUUCCGGUGCAUACGAAAUCUGCUUACUGGAUCAAGAGUGUCCUCUUUCCUUUUCCUCUCCUCCUCCGAAACACUUACUUGCCUUCCUCUACUCCCCAAUCCCCGUCUCUCUCCCUCAUCGCCCAUCAUCAAAUGUACACCUUUCGACGGACGGAGCCCUGCAACGGAGUUUCCAUUUUCGCGUACCCAGGACCGACGUAAUCGGAGGAUCGUGCGAAAUGUGUCCACGUGCUGAACACUCAAGCAGCAACGACAGCAGCAGCAGGAGAAGCAUCACCACAACCAGCAAUAGCAGCAUAAUGAAGUUCUACCUAUUUCUCGCCAUCGUCGUGUGUGAAUCGUGCAAUUAUUUUUCCCACGCUGAGUAUGACUCGCUCGUCGAGCUGGGGGCGGCCGGGGGCGAGCUGAACGGGGGCCACCGGCUCGCGCUGGACGAUUCGUCCUCCGAACUGCUGGGCGAAUGGUCCCCGCUCUAUCCGUGGAGUGCGGCCAUCAAGCGCAGCGCCAAGGCGGACAUUCAAACCCGCCGGCGCAGUGCACUCGACAAGAACUUUAUGCGCUUCGGGCGCACGGACAAGACGGUCGCCCGCCAGACGCGUGCCAAUCUGAUGCGCUUCGGCCGGCCGGAUCGGAACUUUCUGCGCUUCGGGCGUGAUGGACCGUACGCAGCAGCGCUGGUACGCGAGGACGAGCUGAGCAAAGAGUACGCCACCUCGACCGAGCAGCUCGAACCGCAACCGAAUGCGGGCGCAGCUGGCGACGAACCGGCCGCCGCAACCAAACGGAACGCUGGAUUGGGCGCGUCGGAGGAGAUGCAAAGCACGGGCCUGUCGGAAUCGGGUGAACAGAUUAAACCGAAGCAAAUCCUUUACAUACGGCGCGACUCGCCGAAGAAUCUGAUGCGCUUUGGCAAGCGGCGCUCGACCGGAUCCGGGUACAUGCGCUUCGGCCGGGCCGGAAACUUGAUGCGCUUCGGGCGGGCAAGCGACGAACCCGCGGUUGCACUGCUCGCUAGCACGCACGAGUUUGGCCGGGCGGCCCGUGCCGGUCCGAACCUGAUGCGCUUCGGGCGGGCCGGUAAUUUGAUGCGCUUUGGCCGAUCGGAAAAUGGUACCGGGUCGCGAACGGUCGCCGAGGAGCAGAACGCUACCAGCAGUCCGGCCCAGCUACCGGAGGCGCUUCCGGCCAGCCUGGUCGAUCUGUUCGAGAAGGACCCGGACCGGAUCCUGCUGGACGCACUGGAAGCGGCCGAGGCGGAGGAACGUGUACCGCUGUACAUAGUGGAGAAGUAGUGAGUGCCUGCGCUUCGAAUUGCGGCGGCAGUUUCGCUCCCAACGGAUGAUGUCCACUGAGAAGCAAAAUGCUAUAUUGUUGAUAAACUCAUUACAAACACAACAAACACACAAUUCUGAAUCUGUGUGACAGAAUUUGGAAACACAACAACAACAAUCGACAACAAGGCUGGUAUCAACAAUAUGGCAUUGGUUUGCUUUUCAUCGUCGUGCUAGAAUCAAUGUAGGCGGUACUUGCUUAAAAACCGCCAAAGACAACGCUCACGACUUGCAAAAACACUAUCAAUUACAACACUUCCCGUCUCGCCAGCGCCAGCUAAGCAAAAGUAUUAAAAAACAGAUGUAGAUUCCCUCACCCAACUCUCCCUCCCAAUCUAUUUUUAGUGCGUACAGUCCAAAGGCACAGCACUGUUGUUUAGCAGCAAAAAGCAUAACGUUAUUUAUUAGGAAUCUCCCACAAAAAAAGGGAAAUCAAAUGGAAAUGUGUAAAUGAAGAUAUAAAAGUUAGAGAACAAAAAAGUCCCCAACUAUAAGAAAACAAGCAACAAAAAAAGAAGAACAAGAUGGUAGCAGAAAAAUAAAAGAAAUAGAAAUAUAUAAUAAAACACUAAAUAUAAAGAACCACUCUCACUACGCAUCGGAGGGCAAAGCGCACCAGUGCAGUAGGAGGGAACGGAAAACCAGCGUAGCUAGGCGUGCGUGUGCCAAUCGAAGCGGAUCCGGUGCUGGUGCCGGGGUGUACCUGUGUGGAAAACAUUGUGGACACGAGGCUAGGAUGCUACUAGAUCAGCAGAACCAUCGCACAAAAAACGGGCGGAUCGAGCGGGAAAUAUGCGGAAAACAUGUAUAGAAUAAAGAUAAUCAACUGAUUUUACUCUUCAUUGGCAA